AUAAUAGAUAAUUAAAACUUUAAUAAAAAUAAACAGAGUUAGGUUGAUGGCGAAACGCAUAGUAUCAGUUGCUUCAAAUGUAGCAAAUUAUGCUACUGGUAACAAUGAACAAAUCCCAGAGAUUAUCAAUGAUGUUUUCCGGUGUUUUAUAUGCAUGGAAAAGCUUCAAGAGGCUCAUUUAUGCCCGCAUUGUUCAAAACUAUGUUGCUAUUCGUGCAUUUCUCGUUGGUUAACCGAGCAACGCCAUCAAUGUCCACACUGUCGUGCAACAUUGCACGUUUCAGAACUUGUAAAUUGCCGAUGGUUUGAAGAAGUUGCUGUUCAUAUUGAGAAUCUGCAACAAAUUUGUCAGAAUAUUAAACCUGCUAACGUAAGUUAUCGUCAACAAGAUCAUUGCUUACCUCAUAAAGAAAAAUUAAGCGUAUUUUGUUGGACUUGUAUGAAAUGUAUAUGCCACCAGUGUGCACUUUGGGGUGGAACUCAUUCUGGUCACUCAUUCAAGCAAUUAGAAUUAGUUUACGAAAGUCAUUUGGCCCAAGUUAAAGAGGAACAACAACAGUUGAAGAGCAGGUUACUGGAAUUAAUAAGCCUUGUUCAAGAUGUAGAACAAAAUGUAGAAACUGUCCGAAAUGCCAAGGAUGAAAAAGUUAGUGAGAUCAAAACAGCUGUCAAUUUGAUGGUAGGUCGAUUAGAUGCCCAGUUAAAAGGAAAAUUGCUCACUUUAAUGCGUCAAAAAAAUUCGCUAACUCAAGAGACUGAACAGUUGGAACACUUACUACAUGAAAUUGACCACCAAUUAACCACGUGUUCUAAAUCGCAGCUUAUUGCAAAAUCAGCUGAAUUGCUAAAGAUGAUUAAUCAAGUACGUACCAAGCCAAUGUCUAGUUAUGUCACUGUUCCUGUUGCAGCUGAUUUUCUUAGUGAAAUUGUCCCUACUUAUGACACUGGAACGUUUGUUAUGCAAAACUUCUCCAAACUGCAAAAAAAAGCCGAACCGGUUUAUUCUAAUCCUUUAUAUGUUAAUGGAUUGUGUUGGAGAUUAAAAGUAUAUCCCGGUGGCAAUGGGGCAGUGCGUAGAGAAUACCUUAGUGUUUUUUUAGAGUUGACCGUUGGGUAUCCAGAAACUAGCAAGUAUGAGUAUCGUGUUCAGAUGAUCCAUCAGAAUACUUCUAAAAUUAUCCAACGAGAGUUUGUGUCAGAUUUUGAAAUAGGAGAAUGCUGGGGCUACAAUCGUUUUUUUCGGUUGGAUUUACUGGCAGACGAAGGAUAUCUAGAUAUUAUAACGGAUACCCUUGAACUACGGUAUCAAGUACGGCCAUCAACUUUUCAACACAAAUGUCGGGAUCAGCAGUGGUACAUCAACAAUCUGCUUCGAGCUCAAGCACUUCACCUGACUGAGAUUAAAGCGCUCAACACACGCUUAGAGUGCACUGAGCGACUGUUAGUUGAUAAAAAUCAAGAGAAGACUGACUCAUAUGCUAGCCUGGAGUUUCCUACUUCUCAAUUGAACAAUAUGCUCGAUGCAUCAAAAUACAACAAUCAGAAAACGGAUAACACAUCGACGGUUAAAGUUUGUUGUAGCACAAAUCCAGCCAAAUACAAUCAAGGUUCAAAUCAAACAUUAACCAAUAGUAGCAAUGGAAUACAAAGUAUAGGAUCGUCUGUCAAUAACACACAUGCAUCGUCUAAUAUUGCUACACUCCUAUCACCUGCGCAUAUGCAAUCAUGUAACAGAAAAAAUCAUCAUUUACCAACAUCUCAAAAGAGUGACCCAAGUUUGAAACCCCAUGAAAAUUUUGAUCCCAGUACUAGUAUGCCUGAAAUUACUAAAAAGCAACAUUUGUUUAUUUCUUAUUCAUCUCCAAAUCUUCAACUCCAUAAAACGGCGCCGACUCUAACAUCGGAAAAUGAUGGUAUAUCAGAAGUCACUGAAAAACAAUACAACAACGAAAACAUAUAUAAACGGAUCACUGCCAAUAUUCAGGUUCCUUUGAAUGAUAAUGACUCUCUCGAGGAAAACGAAAAUGACUCUGAGGAAGUGUUGUCCGGUGAAAAUGAUGUUGAAUAUGCCGAGUUAUCGAUGACUCAAAGGAUGCCGUCGUCAAAACCACCGAUUAUGAACCACACUAACAUUGAUCUGAAAAAUCAAUCUUUGAUUGCUGGUGUCACACCUUCGGAAAACCAUACUGCGCUCGAAGAUGACCUUAUGCUGUUGACUUUAUUUGACAAUCCUAAUGGAAGCUUAAAUUUACUAAAAAACAGUUUCGCAGAAUUAACAGAAUUAAAUACUUCGAACGAUUGGAUAAACCGUCAGCCCGUAAUUUCAGCUAGUGUUUUCGAGAGUUUGCUAGAACCACCACUACUGAAUAGCAUGCCACUGACGAGUAUCGAUACAAACUCAGGAGAAGCAGACUUUAGCACAACCACUGCCACGGAUAUGCAAAAGAGAAUCGCUACAACAAGUAAUGAUACGUUAAAUACUCUAGAAUUCCUUAGGUUUUUUGAGCGUUUAGUGGAAUACGAAGAUUGA